CACAGCAGUCCUACAUGGCAGAGACAGACAAAGGGCUGUAGGAUGAUAGAGGGCCAUCUGAAGAAGGAGUUAGGACAUCGGAGAGCUAUGCUGGGCUCAGCCUUUUGGAUCCAGCUGGAUUUGUGUUUGGAUGUGGAUUUGAACAGACAAAAGGUGGAUCUGUACAUGAACAUGUUUAAAAGAAGGAUCCAUAUGCUCUGCUGGUAGAUCUUGGCUGGUGGAAGUCUCAGAUGAGGAAAACCCUGAUUGGUCCAGAGCAGUGAGCAGGAAGUGUUGAAUCCAGUUUGGGAUUAUGGGAGCAUCUACAUUGGGAAAGGCAGCAUCUCUAGAUGCUCUCCUCAAAGAAUGCACUCGUGCAUUUGAUGAUAAUGGGGAGCUGCAGGCCAACCUGCUCCCUCGCAUCCUGCUGCUGAUGCACCGCUGGUACAUCACAUCCUCAGAACUGGCGGGAAAACUCCUGAUGAUGUAUCGUGACUGCAAAGAUGACAGCUGCCAAAGAACACGGUUGAAGAUUUGUUAUUUAAUGAGGUACUGGAUUGUGACAUUCCCUGCAGAGUUUAACCUGGACCUGGGUCUGAUCCGGUUAACAGAGGAGUUCAGAGAUGUGGCUGCUCAGCUGGGCUCUCAGGAACAUUUCAAGCUACUCGACAUCUCCACCAUUCCGUCGUACGACUGGAUGCGUAAGUUGACCCAGCGCAAGAAGCAGGCUAAGAAAGGAAAGGCCUCCCUGCUGUUCGACCACCUGGAGCCCAUGGAGCUCGCUGAACAUCUCACCUUCCUGGAGUUCAAGUCCAUCCGGAGGAUAUCGUUCACUGAUUACCAAAGCUAUGUGAUCCACGGCUGCCUGAUGGAGAACCCGACUCUGGAGCGCUCCAUCGCUCUGUUCAACGGAGUGUCGCAGUGGGUCCAGCUGAUGGUGCUCAGCAAGCUCACGCCUCAGACCCGUGCAGAGGUCAUCACCAAAUACAUCCACGUGGCUCAGAAACUCCUGCUUCUGCAGAACUUCAACACUCUGAUGGCGGUGGUGGGGGGGCUGAGCCACAGCUCCAUAUCCCGACUGAAGGAGACUCACUCUUAUCUGGCUCCAGAAGUUGUGAAGAUGUGGAGCGAAAUGACAGAGCUGGUGUCCUCCAACAACAACUACUCCUGCUACCGGAAGGCCUUCAGUGAGUGCCAGGGCUUUAAGACCCCCAUCCUGGGGGUGCACCUGAAGGACCUGAUCGCAGUGCAUGUGGUCUUCCCUGACUGGGGGCAUGACAGCAAUGAGGUGAACCUGGUGAAGAUGCAUCAGCUCUACAUGACCUUCAACGAGUUGGUGUCCUUGCAGACUGCGGUGGCCCAAGUGGAGCCCAACAUGGACCUGAUCUACCUGCUGACGCUUUCUUUAGACCUUUAUUACACCGAAGAUGAGAUUUAUGAGUUGUCAUUACUAAGGGAACCACGUAACCACAAAUCAUUGCCUACCUCUCCAACAACUCCCAACAAGCCCCUGGUCCCUCUGGACUGGGCCUCCGGGGUCCCCACCAAACCGGACCCCUCUGUGGUCAACAAACACAUCAGGAAGGUGGUGGAUUCUGUGUUCAGGAAUUAUGACCAUGACCAUGAUGGCUAUAUCUCUCAAGAGGACUUUGAGAGCAUUGCUGCUAAUUUCCCCUUCCUGGACUCCUUCUGCGUUCUGGACAAAGAUCAAGACGGACUGAUCAGUAAGGACGAGAUGAUAGCGUAUUUCCUCCGGGCCAACCCACUGCUCCAGUGUAAGAUGGGUCCAGGUUUCAUCCACAACUUCCAGGAGAUGACAUACCUGAAGCCCACCUUCUGUGAACAUUGUGCUGGAUUUCUGUGGGGAAUCAUCAAACAGGGCUACAAGUGCAAAGACUGUGGUGUAAACUGUCAUAAACAAUGUCGGGAGCUGCUGGUUCUGGCCUGCAGGAAGCUGAUCCGCUCCGGCUCUCUUGGAAAUGUUUCUCCAGCCAGACUGACCCACAGCUCCCUGCCCAGCAGCCCGGCUCUGCCCACCUGUGAAGAUGAGGAUGAGGUGUUUGAGUUCCCAGCCGUCCCAUCACCAGGACCAGCUCUGGCCCCUCAGUCCAUCACCCUGAUGACGGGCUCCGCCCAGAGGAUCUCAGUGCGCCUGCAGAGGGCCACCGCAAGCCAGGCAACACAGACUGAUCCCCUAUGGCCAGAACACAGCUGGGGGGCCACAGACAGCGGCUCCCACACCUUCCCAAAAAUGAAAUACAGGACUCACAGAAAAUCAUCCAAAAAUAAAGGCUUUGCCCGCUGGGAAAACCAGAACGAGCCGGCAGUUCCUACCAGGUGCAGCGUGGACUCUCAGGAGAAGUCAGUGGUCUCAGGAGAGCCCGCACAGAACGGGAGGACACACAGAGUUAAGGACAGCUGACUUGGUCUCGUUGGUGAGGGACAGUCUCAGAAAUCCAGGAAGCCCCUAUCGGCUGGGAGCAGGAAGCUCUUCUCUCUGGGGGACGUGCUGGGCUGCCUGCGGCCCCCCGUCAGUGACCUGGAGCUAUCAUGUCCUCUGUAGACCUCGGCACAGGUGGAGCUGAUGUGGCUCCCAGUAGCUGCAUGGAAAGACUGGCUAAUGGACUAACACCUGCUGUGUGUCACACUGUGACACCUCCACCCUGUGGAGGGUCUUUGGCUGGGGAUGUUUGGGAUGUACACAACAUCAGCACUUGGAAAAGUAAAGGAAACAUUUGUUAACUUCCCAAAAGAGUGGAAUUGGUUCAGCCUAGUGAAUCAAAGACAGCCAGUAACUUUUUUGUAACCGCUUUAAAUGCCAGCUUGGGGAUUACAAAGUAAAAGCCUGAACUAAAGAAAGAGACGGGCAGUUCUUCCCAAGUGGAAAUGAUCCAAAAGAUCAUGAUGGAUAUGGGAAAGAGUUUUAAAAAAGGGAAGUCAAAAUGGAGAAGAACGUUAAGGGAAUCCAACCCUCCUGACAUACAGAGCAGUGAAGAUGGACCAUUCUGGACCCUGGAGUAUUUAUGGCCAAUAUUUGUAUUUAUUCCUACAUUUUAUUUAUAUUUGUACAUGAAAACUACAGUGUGUUUAACCCUCCCUAUUGUUUAAAAUGUAUACAAUUACAUUUCUUUCAGCAUGACAUAUGAUUAAUACCUGGCCUGACUCCAGCAUUACAAAAAGAGAAUCGAUGUCAUUUAUUUUAACAGAAGCUGUUCUCAAAUAAAACACAUCGAAGACAUUCAUUGAAAUACAA